AUGGAGUCUACCGAUGACUUCGUCACCCAUGAGGCCCGUGUGGCAUCCUUUAAAGUGGUCCAGAAGAAAAGAGCUUCAACGACUGGAUCGAGGACCACCAAGACGAUCAAGUGGCCGCAUCCUCACAUAUCUUCCGAAUCGCUCGCGAAAGCCGGAUGGAUCUACCAGCCUCACCCAGAGCACCCCGACCAAGUAAUAUGCUUUCUUUGCCGCAAGGGACUCGAUGGGUGGGAGAGGGGCGACGAUCCUUUACUAGAGCAUCUUCGACAUUCACCCAAUUGCGGAUGGGCCGUCCUAGCCGCGAUCGAAGCCGAGAUUCCCGAGUAUCUCGCCGAAGACCCGAAGAGUAAGCGCAUGGUCGAUGCGAGGAGAGUCACUUUUAUUGGGAAGUGGCCUCAUGAGGGAAAGAAGGGGUGGAAGUGCAAGACGAAGCAGCUUGCCGAAGCUGGAUGGAAGUACACACCGACCCCAGAAUCUGACGAUAUGGCGACAUGUGCAUACUGUCAAUUGAUGUUGGACGGAUGGGAACCCGGUGAUAAGCCAUUGGACGAGCAUUUCAACCGAUCGCCCGAGUGUCUCUUCUUCAAUUUUGUCGAUCCUAACCCCGCCCCUACCAAGAAGACCGCUCGGGGACGAACGGCCCGAGCCUCCAAGACAUCGAGGGCAUCGGUUCAGUCUACCGGCAUGGGAACCUUCAUAACCGACGCCCCGUCCACACUAGAUAUGCCUGCGGAAAUCGAAGACAGCGUCAUGACCACGGCGUCGAAGCGCGGCCGGACUAAGAAAGCGGCCACUGCGACGAAGGGCACUAGGAAGACCCGAGCGAAGAAAGAGGAGUCUGUCGAGGUCGAGGAGACUGAAGUUACUAUGGAUGAAGAGGUACCGCCGCCUCCUGUACCUGCUCCUGCUCCUAAGACACGGAAAAGUCGGAAGCCCGCGAAUACUUCCGUCGAUGAUUCGGAAGUGACCAUUGGGGAAGACGAGCCAGUUGUCGCACCGAAGCCGAGAAGAGGGAGGAAGCGAGCUAGCGAGGCGAUCGAGGAUUCUGUCCUUACUGCCAAGGAAGCUCCUCCCGCGAAGAGACGGACUACCCGAGCUAAGGCAGCUGUGAACGACAUGGUUGCGCAACAGGACCCCGACGUAACGGAUGCGGAGGCUCCCGCAGCUAAAAAGCCCGCCGCUCGCAAGCGGGGUCGCGCGUCCAACACGAAGACUACCACGCGAAAAGUGUCUGACACGUCGCUUCGGUCCACCGCAUCCACCGCAUCUCUCCGCUCCGAGGCAGAGGGGAUCCCCGAUGACGACGAAAUCGAGCGCCAACUAAUGGCUGACCUUGAGAGGCCACUUUCGGACGACGAAGACGUAGCGAUGGAUUCUGACUCGGAGAGGAGACGGAAUGCCAACCGCACGACCACCAAGAGGAGGACGGUCAAGGCUGUCAAGGAGGAGAAACCCCACGUUGACGAGCAGGGUGACUACGCCAUGUUUGAUCCGGCUCCGGUGGUUCCUGAUGAGGCGGAGGUGGAGGCUGAGCUGGAUCGACUGGAGGCCGAGGCGAGGACCGUGGUCAAAGCCCCUGAACCUCCUGAGCCCGAACUUGAGAAAUUGGAGGUGCCUAAGAAGGGUAGAAAGGCUGCUGGCACAAGGAAGGCGUCGAGGACAACGAAGAAGACCAAGCCGGCGCCCGUUCCGGAACCGGCUCCGCAAACUGCUUACGAGCCGGAGCCGGAACCGCAGCUAGAACCUGACGUCCAACCCGCACCCGACCCGGUUGGAGAGCAUGAACUAGAGCCCAAGCCGAUUGCUGAACCCGAACCGGAGCCUGAACCAGAGUUUGUGGACGCGCCUGAUGCGCACCUAGAAGCCCCAGGUGAGACUUCGAUAUACGAGGACGCGGCCGAGCCUGAAGUUGCCCAACCGUUGGCCCAUGACGCCCGUACCGUCGUCAAAGACGAUGCACCAGAAGAGGUCGAAGAGGAGAAGCCUGCUCCUGCGAAGAGAGGUCGCGGAAGGCCUCCUAAGAAGAGAGCUUCCCGCGGCCGAUCAUCUGCCGCAUCUGUUAAGCAGCGCAUAUCCGCUGUGGCGCCACCACCACCUGCCCCGGAGCCUGAAGAGGAGAUUCAUCAGUCAAUCGAACUCUCGCGGCAUGAGAUUGUUGAUGCUUCCCCUGCUAAGCCCAAGGAGAGGCGGCAACAGUCCGAGGAUUUAGUCGACUCGGAACCCGAACUCGUAGUCGUUCCAGCCAACGAUUCGGAGCCCACUUCGCCGACUGUGCGUCCUCUGCCACAAAUUCCUCCAUCCGCCGCUCACGUCGCUCAAGACGCUCCCUCCACCCCUGGUUCCCGCGUUUCUCCCGCGGUAUCGACCCGAAACGGCGUCCUCUCCCCAUCACAAUCCCCGCAGUCAUCGGACGCCGAGAACCACCCUCCUUCGUCGAAGCCGACCGCCAGCUCACGGGCUAAGCGAACGGUGCUGGCACCCAUGCUCGCAGCGGCCAGGAGCACGCCUAACAGGAUCCUCAACUCGCCCACGAAGCGGACGGUGGUGUCUUCGCUGCAAUCGAUGACGGCCUGGACGAACGUCGACCUCGAUCUCAUCCUCGGCUCGCCCGACAAGAAGGACGACAAGGAGAACUCGGUUGACAGGUUAUUGAGGAAGGGGGCGGAGCUGACGAGCCCCGAGAAGAAGAUGACUGUGGAGGAGUGGAUCCAUCAUAAUGCGGAGAAGGCGGAGGAGGAGCUGAAGACGAAGUGUGAGAAGUUGGUAGGGAAGUUUGAGGGGGAGGGGAUGAGGGCGAUGAGGGUCCUCGAGGGGUUGAUUGUUGAGCAAGAUUGUAUUUUGCUUGUUAGGAAUUGGAAAGGGAACUUGGGAAGGGUUGGGGAUGAUGUCUGGAAAUGA